GGAGCCUCGUUGCUGAGUCCAAAUCACCGCUCGCUCCUGAGACAAAAGUCUGGAUUUAUGUCGGAAAGUCGUCCUGAAACUCGACUUUAGAGCCUCGCCAGACCGUCCCGGACCGCCCGGAGCCGCUUUACACCCGCCGGAAGUAUGAAAACCAGACUCUCCCCGCCGCACGUUCACGUACACGUACCGGAGACCACACCGGUUCACGUCCAUAUGAGACGGAGUCCGAGCCGGACGGGACAGAACGGGAAGAAACUCGUGGACGUGAAGUCUCAGAAGCCGUGGAUCCCUCCGGGGAGGCUGUCCUGCAGGAGGGCCGCGGGCCCCCGCCGGGACCAGACCAACAGAGGGCGGCGUUCCUCAGAGACAGAGGCCGGACCCCGGCGUGAUGAAGAGGAGCAGGACGAAGAGCUGUCCUCCAUCGCCAAGAACCUCCGGGUCCUCCUCAACGAGCAAGCGCAGCAGGCGGAAUCCCGGGGUCACGCCAGCAGGGCGGAGGCGCUCCUGAGGACGCUGGUGGAGGCAGAGAUCGACGGCGUGGCGGUGGCCAACCAGCUGGACAGCCUCAGGGAGGCCGUCGACGGCGUUUCCAAGGACAAGCGGCUGCCGCCCGCCCUGGCGCGGCAGCAGCAGCUGCUGCUGGAGAAGAUCGCCGUGUUCGACAGCACCAACCACAGCCUCCGGGAGCUCCUCAGACAGUCAAGCGAGCAGCAGAGAGAGUCGCUGCUGUGGGCCGAGCAGAGGGACGCCAUCAGGAAGAGGCUGGUCCUCAGUGAGGCAGAGAACUUGCGACUCUCCAGCAAACUCUCCACCAGCGAGAAAGAAGCCUCGCGGCUCGCCGAGCGCUUGGACCUGGAAAAGGACAAUGUGAAAACCAGCGAGGAGCUUUCCAAGGUCCUGGAGGAGACCCGCACUCACCUGGAGUCUCAGCUGAGCCGAGCAGAAGCUGAGAAGGUUCACCUGUCCGCUCAGAUUCAGGGCCUGCAGCGGAGCUCGGAGCGGCAGCAGGAGGAGCUGCGGGUUCUGCAGGAGGAGCUGCAGGCUGCCAGGCUGCAGAGGCAGCAGGAGGAGGAGCGGGACGCCGCCGCGCUGCUCUCCCAGCAGGCCGAGCGAGCCGAGGAGUCCGUGAGGAAGCUGAAGGAGCAGCUGCAGGAGAAGGAGUUGCAGCUCUCUCAGGCUCUCUCCUCCUCCUCUGACUGGUGCCUCCGUCACUCCUCUGAAGCAGCUGCUAAAGGCCAGCUGGAGGAGCAGGUAGCCACUCUGCGAUUUCAGCUGACGGAGCUGAGCUCUCAGCUCCAGGCUUUGGAGGAGAGGAGUGGAGCAGAGAGGAAGGAGCUGGGCGACCAGAUCCAGCAGCUCCGCGGUGAGAACAGCUCCAUGCAGCUGGAGCGGCAGAGGCUGCAGGGCGAGCUGACGUCCGGCGAGGAGGAGCUGCGAGGAGUCCAGUCCGAGGCUCGCCAGCUCAGAGCCUCCAUCAGGAAACACGAAGCGCUGCUGGAGAAAUACAAGCUGAAGCUGCAGCAGGCCCGCCGGCAGGCGGAGGAGCGCCGCGGCCGGCAGGAGGAGGCGCAGGCGGCGGCGGAGCGGCGGAGCCGGGAGCUGCUGGGGCGGCUGCAGGAGCUGCAGGCGCUGCCGGAGCGCCUGAGGAGGGCGGAGGAGCGGCUGCAGGAGGCGCAACGCGAGGCGCAGGCCCGCCAGCGGGACGGCCUGGAGGCGGCCGCCGCGCUGUCCGACGCCAGGCUCAAGGCGGAGCAGCAGGGGGCGGAGCUGGAGGCGGAGCUUCAGGCGGGGCGGAGCCAGAACCUGCUGCUGCUGGAGGAGAACAAGGCACUGCAGGACCGGAUCCUGGGCCUGGAGAGGAAGCUGGAGGACGUGACGGCGGAGAGGACGGAGCUGUCCCAGGCCGUCCUGCUGAGGGACGCCAGUGUCCACAGCCUCCGCCAGCAGCUGGAGGACAAGAGCCGCGAGUGCAGCGUCCUGUCGGGACAGCUGCAGCAGGCCGUGGACGACGCCCAGAGACAGGCGGACAGCAGCAUGCAGAGAGUCCUGUCCAGAGAGAGACAGUCUCAGUCCAGAGCCCUGGACCUGCAGAGCCAGCUGAGCCGAGCCAAGACGGAGCUCAACCAGCUGCAGCGCAGCAAAGAGGAGAUGGAGCGCUGCUUCCAGUCUCAGCUGCAGAACCUGAAGGACCGGCUGCAGCAGUCCGACUCCACCAACCGCAGCCUGCAGCACUACGUCCACUUCCUGAAGACGUCCUACGGAAACGUGUUCGGGGAGUCUUUCAGCUGACCCCCAUCAGCUGACCCCCAUCAGCUGACCCCCAUGGGCCCCUCAUCUCCUCUUCUUCUCCUCCUCAUCCCCUCAUCCCGCCUCUUGCAGUUGUUUUCAUGUGUUGUCACUUCUAGAGAUUCCACAGUAUUCGUCACCUUGUCUCUUCGCCGUCUCUUUGUCGUGGCGGACACUCGGGUUGGAAUGGAGGUCUCAGGUCGAGACAGGAGGAGAAGAACACGUCUGUGAACGAGUCCAGUCUGUGGACAGCGAGACGCCCUGAUGGCCUCUCUGCUGUAG